CUUCUUUUACCGGAAGUCCUGCAGCUGCGCGGGUAAUUUUUGGCGCUGUCGGACCAGCACCGCCUGUCAUGGCUUGGAGGUAGUUCCCGGCGCUACUGCCUACCUCUCAGGUCUGGGAGCCCUGGACCCGUCGCCAGCGUUCCCAGCUGCUGUGUCACCCAGCUCUGUUGGACUGCAUCCCUCUGCCAGUUGUCCUCUUGGCUUGGCACUGCUAAACUGCUCUCUUUCAGAGGGUGCCUUGGUGGACUGAAUAACCCAAAUGUUAGUUACCUGUGCUGGGCAAAGGGGCAGCAUCACCUUCAAUCCCUCCAGGACCGUGUGGAGUCUGGGCAGCAUGGCAUCCUCCAGCCAGAGGGUGGAGAAGCCAGUGUCCCCAGAACCCCAGGCGGAGCCCGGGCCGGAGCCUGGGCCAGGCCGCGAGCUUCAGUCCUGGCAGUGGCUGGUAUUCUACCUCUGCUUCUACGGCUUCAUGUCCCAGAUGCGGCCCGGGGAGAGCUUCAUCACCCCCUACCUCUUGAGCCCUGCUAAGAACUUCACGAAGAAGCAGGUCACCAAUGAGAUCACGCCGGUGCUGUCCUACUCCUACCUGGCCGUGCUGGUGCCCAUGUUCCUGCUGACGGACUACCUGCGCUAUAAGCCGGUGCUGCUUCUGCAGGGCCUGAGCUAUAUCGCUGUGUGGCUGCUGCUGCUGUUUGGCGACUCCGUGCUGCACAUGCAGUUCAUGGAGUUCUUCUACAGCCUCACCAUGGCCGCCCGCAUAGCCUAUUCCUCCUACAUCUUCUCGCUCGUGCGCCCCGCCCAGUAUCAGCGCAUGGCGGGCUACUCCAGGUCCGCAGUGCUCCUGGGCGUCUUCACCAGCUCUGUGCUGGGCCAGCUGCUCGUCACCGUGGGCAAGUUCUCCUUCACCACGCUCAACUACAUCUCGCUGGCCUUCCUCACCUUCAGCCUGAUCCUCGCCAUGUUCCUGAAGCGCCCCAAGCGCAGCCUCUUUUUCAACCGCAGUGAGCCUGCCCAUGGCGAGGCCUCGCCCUCGGAGCUGGACAAGAUGCACCCUGGCCCUGGCCAGCCCGCGGGCAGGAAGCUCUGCGGGACUCCGCUGGCGGGCUGGAGGGACUGGAUCCUCAUGCGCAUGCUCUGGGAGUUAGGAGCCAGCCUGCGACUGCCACAGCUGCGCCUCUGGUCCCUCUGGUGGGUCUUUAACUCGGCCGGCUACUACCUGAUCGUCUUCUACGUGCACAUCCUGUGGAACGACAUCGACCCCACCAAAGACACCACCAAGGUCUACAACGGUGGCGUGGAUGCCGCCUCCACUCUGCUCGGCGCCAUCACCGCCUUCACCGCGGGCUUUGUGAAGGUCCAGUGGGCCCUGUGGGCGAAACUGAUCAUCGGAGCCGUGACAGCCGUGCAGGCCGGGCUGAUCUUCCUCAUGCACAAAACUGGCAGCAUCUGGCUGUGCUACAUGGCCUUCGUGCUCUUCCGUGGCUUCUACCAGUUCCUGGUGCCCAUCGCCAUUUUUCAGAUCGCGUCUUCUCUUUCUAAGGAGCUCUGUGCCCUGGUCUUCGGAAUCAACACGUUCCUUGCUAUUGUUCUCAAGACCAUCAUCACCCUCAUCGUUUCCGACAAGCGGGGCCUGGGCCUCCACGUCCGAUCCCAGUUCCUCGUCUACUUUGGGUACUUCGUGCUGCUGUCCAUUGCCUACUUCUUGGGAGCUGUGCUGGGGACCCUGUGGCACUUCCUGAGGAGCCACCACCAGCCUCUGCCCCUGGCCCAGGAGCUAAGGAGCCCCUCGGAGGAGAAAGCUGCUCAGUUGCUGAGCCUGCAGGAUGGGGUCCUCAACAACCUGCAGCCCGAAACCACAACCCUGGCCCCGGAGGACGGAGCAUGGACCACAGGACCAGUCCUGAGGGACCAGCGCGAAGCCAAGGCCUGACCUGCUCUCUCUGCCCAGCUCAGUGAGUGGCCAGAUUCUGACACCAGAGGCAAUCUGCUCUGCACCCUCCAACAUCCUCACUGAGCCUGGCGCCCUGGCAUCUCAACUGUCCCAACCCUGACAGGGUGCCGGUCCCUGUGAGCCUGGCGCCCUGGCAUCUCAGAACUGUCCCAACCCUGACAGGGUGCCGGUCCCUGUGAGCCUGGCGCCCUGGCAUCUCAGAACUGUCCCAACCCUGACAGGGUGCCGGUCCCUGUGAGCCUGGCGCCCUGGCAUCUCAACUGUCCCAACCCUGACAGGGUGCCGGUCCCUGUGAGCCUGGCGCCCUGGCAUCUCAGAACUGUCCCAACCCUGACAGGGUGCCGGUCCCUGUGAGCCUGGUGCCCUGGCAUCUCAGAACGGUCCACCCCUGGCUGGGUGCCGGUCCUCGGAAUCAGGAAGCUGGGUUUUUGGCAGUGUUUGAAUUCUACUGUUCACAUUAUGGUACCAAUGACCAAUGGGGCCCCUAUGACACACACCUCAAGGGCCACCUGCCUCGGCCAGUGGUGCCUUGGCUUGUCCUGCGGUGUCCCCAAGCCCUGCACCUCUCAGGCCUCACAUCCUGACUACGCUCUGUAGCCUGCUGGGGACACUGGCAGCUGCCAGGCACUGUGGGUUGGGUUGUGUCCCCUGCCUACACAUGGCCAGUGGUGGGGUUCCACAUGCCCACCAGGCCUCCCCGCCUUCACUCCCCUUGGGAGGCAGAUCCCAUUGGUCCCUGGGGGCUGGGGAGAUGGCCCCAUGUGUUAGCCCGAGUGACAUCAGCCCUGCAGGCUGUCGUGGGCCCUGUAGGGUGGUGGUGGGGGCCUGGGUUCCCAGGACUCGUGGCUAAACUGACAUUUCUAGUUGCCCUGGUACUCACGUUUUAAACAAUGCUAUGCUCCUUUUUUUUUUAAACUGUCAUGAAUGUGAACCCUAUUGGUCCUCUGUUUCUGCGGGAGAAGCUGAUACUGGGGCAGGCGGGUGUUUCCCCGCGGGAUGAAAUGGGGGUGCUGCAGUCUUUGGGAGCUGGCUCCUUCUGGGCCCUGGGCCCUGUCGUCCUUCCCCUUCCUGAUAUGGGUUAACACUGGCCCGCCUCACUGGUGAUGGAGGCCACCUGGGCUGCUCACACACCUGCCCGGAGGACAUGCCUCCAGGGGCUCCAGGAACCAGUCAUGUGAAAAUGUAAGACUUGAAACAUUAAAUAAACCACAUGACCUGAG